AAAGAGCUUGUUAUUCCUAUAAUUAAGUUGCUGAGCAUUAGAAGACAUAAUGAAGAUUUUAGUCAUCCUUAGUGCUGUUUUUUUUAUAGCACUAGUAAGUGCACAAAUUGACCGCGAGAACCUCAACUACGCUUCUCAAAUGGUCCGAUCUGAAAACUCUUCAGAUCCUAAUCCAAGUUCAUCAGCCUCACACUCAGAUUCGUCAUCAUCAUCAGAAAGCGAUGAAACUCUAGCUGACAAGAUCAAAAAAGGUUUGAAAAUCUUAAAGACGAAGUUUUAUAGCGCCAAAAACUGCACUCUCAUUCCACCACCAUCUCUACAUGAACUCCAUGAAUUCUUCCAAUGGACUGUCACUCACAACAAAACUUAUGGAACGGUUGCUGAGAAAUUCUGCAGAACAAUCCAUUUGAUUCACAACUUCCGUGAAAAUCAUCAACACAAUAAAUUAUUUAAACUUGGAAAAGCUACAUUCAAGCGUGCCUUGAAUCACUUGUCUGACUUAACAAAGAGAGAAAUCCGCACAGUUCUCAUGAAGUUCGCUCCAAGUACAUCUACAAGAUCAGAUCCAUUGACUGCAUUGCCACAAGCAAGACGAUCAGUUGAUUGGAGGAAAGAAGGUUUAGUUGGACCUGUUGGAUUCCAAUAUAAUUGCGGAAAUUGCUGGGCAUGGGCAAGUGCUGCUGUCUUGGAAGGUCAACUUAGAAAGUGUAGAAUUUCUAAUGAGUCAGUCUCUGUUCAAUCGAUGGUUGACUGUGCGACUGAAUAUUGUGAAGGAUGUGAUGGUGGAUGGCCUUACUAUGGAAUGAAAUGGGCUAUAGACGGAGGAAUCAUUCCAACUUCCAAAUAUCCAUACCUUGAUGGUGAAGGAUAUUGCGUAGAUCGUAAACAAGAAGCUAUUGGAUUUGUUGAUACUCCGUAUGUUCACGACUUUUAUUAUGGCGAUGCUGAAUACAUCAAACGAAUCGUUUCAUCAUACGGACCAGUUGCUGUCGCACUUUGCGUUGGUGACGACUUUACACAUUAUAGUUCAGGUGUCUUCUACAUUAAUAACUGUUGCACAACAGUCAACCAUGCUAUCUCAAUUGUCGGGUACGGAAGUGAUCCUAAACUUGGCGACUACUGGUUAAUCAAGAACAGCUGGGACUUGUCAUGGGGUCAAGAUGGUUUUGCAAAAGUUGCCAGAGGACACAAUCUUUGCAGCAUCGAAAGCACCGUUCAUUAUGCACAGAUUAAGGAUGUCAAAGGAAACGUUUGUCGAAUUCCAAAGUAACUUUU